AGGCAAUGCUCUUCAGGAAGAAGGGAGGUCACUCAGAGACUAGCUCCCCGGAUGAGCACUAGCCUAUGCGCCAUCUGUAAUAGGAGCACGAUCAGCUGUAUGCUUACACAGUUCAGAUUGUAGUUGUCACUGACAGGGGUCUGGUCAGAUUUUGAUUAAGAAUCAUGAUGAAAAUACUUCACAAAUUACUUUUGCUGUUGUUGCUGGCUUUCCCGGCAACGAUUCUUAUGAAAGGUCCUUUAGUGGCAGCACAAGAUGCAACUGAGGAUGAGGAGGCAGCAGAUGAGGUUACUGCAGAAGAUGAAGAUGAUGAGGCUGAAGUUGAGGAUGAUGAGAACACUGAGUUGACGGAGGAGAAAGAAGAGGAAGAGGAGGAAGCCUCGUCAGGGGAUGUGAAGGCUUCCCCCCACGCUGACACCACUAUCCUUUUUGUCAAGGGAGAUGACUUUCCCGCCAACGACAUCGUCAAGUUCUUGGUGGGCUUCAGCAACAAGGGCAGCGAGGAGUUUGUGGUGGAGUCCCUGGACGCCUCUUUCCGCUACCCCCAGGACUUCCAGUUCUACAUCCAGAACUUCACGGCCCUCCAGCUGGGUACCGUGGUGCCGCCCCAGCGCCAGGCCACCUUCGAGUACUCCUUCAUCCCCGCCGAGCCCAUGGGCGGGCGCCCCUUUGGCCUGGUCAUCAACCUCAACUACAAGGACAACAGCGGCAAUGUGUUCCAGGACGCUGUGUUCAACCAGACCGUGACCAUCAUCGAAAGAGAGGAUGGCCUGGAUGGUGAAACGAUCUUCCUGUAUGUUUUCCUGUCUGGUCUGGGUCUGUUGGUGGUGGUUGGGCUGCACCAACUGCUAGAGUCUAGGAAGAGAAGGAGACCUGCCCCUAAAGUGGAGAUGGGAACAACCAGCCACAACGACGUGGACAUGAGCUGGAUCCCCCAGGAAACCCUCAACCAGAUCAUGCUGAGCAGACGAGACAAAGCCUCCCCAAAACGGUCACCCCGCAAGAGAGCCCAGAAAAGGUCUGCCGGCUCGGACGAGUGACGGCCGCGCCAUGCCGCCACGAGGCACCGGAACCUGGCCAUACAAUUCAGCAUGCCAGCGAGGGGGAGGGGUCACACAGCCAGACACGCCCUUUAAGUACCACAAGCUCCACCCCUCUGGGAGGUAGCCAACACUACCAUAAUGGCAAAACUAUAAGAAAAAAAAAACCAACCCAUUGUAUUGUAACAAUUUGUUUUUCUUACCCAAAUAUCCAUUUCACUUUAGAAAAUUGAAACCUGAAAAUGCUUCCGUUGUGAAUUGUGUUCAUAUUUUUUUAAUUUUGUAGAUUCUGGUUGGUCCAGGGGGAGGGGUUUACAGAAAGCUGGUGCACUGUAUAAUAUAAUGAGCAGGAGGGGUGAAGCUCAGGGGUUUUUUUUUUUUUUGUUUAGUUUUGUUUUUUUUUUUGCCUCUGUCUGCAGUUGCCUUUUUCUUUGGGGAAGGUCAUUGGGAAAGCUUGGCCUGAGAUAACUGAGAUUUUUAUUUUUCUGUAAAGGUAGCAUUUCGCAGAAAGCCCAGGAGCUUAGUUUAUUUUCCUGCUUUUUUUUUGCACUGGUUAUUGGCUGCACAAAUGUUGGGGUAACGCGCGGGUGCUGCGUUUGUCGUCUGGAAACGCAGAAAUGGAUGGAGUUCCCUGCUCGAAAUGCACUGAACCAGUUAAAUGAUUUUGUGCUAUGCUCUUGUGAUGCUUCAUUAAUUUGUGAAUGAGUGUGAUUGUCUUGAGUGUGUCCUGUUCUCUGAUUGACAAUGGAGGCUUUCAGUCCUUUUCAGAUGUCUUACUCCUUGGCGGGAGUUCACUGUAAGUGUUCGGUCGGAAUAUGUUCCCCAGAAGAAAAGGACCAGUGUGACUUCAGGAGAGUCGUUUAAAAUAAAUAAAUACAAAUAAUUUUAAAAAAUGAUUCUUUUUGCUGCAAACCUCGGAACGCACUGUAAAAUGGGCUGAAAAUUGUUCCGAAUUUGCCGAGGGACAAAGGCCAAAUGUAAAAGUAGACUUUUGUGCACUCAGUCUGCGUAGAUUUAUGAUUUAUGUGCUGUGUAUCUUGUAAUUUGCGAGCCCUAUUUGGUGGUGGAAAUGUUCCCGAGGCGCUGGUAUGAUUUAAAUGCAGACACUACUGAGUGAAGUGGCCUAGAACUAUGAACAUUAAAACUUAAGACUUAAAGGAGUGUAAUACCAUGGUUUCUUAGCGCUGUUGUGUGAAUGACCUACAGUCGGGUGCAAACCCUGACCAGUAAGUGAAUCCCAAUUUGCAUGAAUUUGCUUUUAUGUUGGUGUCAUUUCAUAAAGCUGAACAUUAUGGUCAUUGGACUGUAUUCAUGCAGAUUCUUUACUAAGCAGUUACAAGUUGUGAUUUAAGCCAAUUAUUUAUUAAUUGCCAUUUUUUUCAGAUUUAGCAAUAGCUGUUUUUAAUAGAACUAAUCUUAGAUUCCAGAGAACAUUUAUUCAUCAUGGGCCUGAAUCUCCACCCAGUUCAGUUUUAAAAAAAAUUCAUAUUAUGGUAUAGACUACUAAAUACAGUUACAUCAUUUUUCAUUACUCCAAUUUCCCCAAAAUUAUAAUGAUGUUUUGCAGUCAUUUUGAAUCUAGAUUUUGUUUUCCUGGAUAUUGUACAGUCUGAUUAAAACUUUUGUAUGUCUGUUGGCAGGGAUGUAUUGGUUUGAUUCAGAAAAUUGAAAAUAAAGAUUUAACUUUUCUCA